AUGACGUUCGCUGAGUGGGUAUUCUAUAGUGCGAUCAACUUGCAGAAUGAAAUACCAACGUAUGCUACGUUUGAUGAUAUGUUAAAAAUUCUCCACAAGAAAGAAGGUGCUAUGAAACUCCUCCGUACCUAUUUCCUUGGAUCUCUAGACCCUGUUGUUGUCACAAAUGAUCAUGAACGCGAAAUAGGAGGAUUUCUAGUAGGCCUAGGCGUUCUUGAGAUCGUUGGAAAUGUCAACAAAAGGGACACUUUCAAAAUAUCAUCCCCUUACAUCGACAUGAUAAUCCGACCAGAAAUCUUGAAAAAUGCUUUGAAAUUUUUUGAUCAAACUAUCAUUUGUCAAGCACCCAAUCGAUCGUUUAAGAUGGCAAAAGUCCCUGUGGGAGGCGUUCGAAACACUGCUGUCCCUCGAGAAAUGGUUAUACUUGAAGUUUUGGCCGCAGGAACUGAUAAAGAACUUGAACAUUUUACCCGGUCACUUGAAUAUGCAAAGAAUUUUUCUAAAGCUGGAGCAGCCGGAGUUGAAGUCUGGGUCAUUAAUUUCACCCGUGCGGAUGAUACUCUUUCAAACCCUUAUUGGCAGAGCGACAAGCAGGCAGCAGAUG